AUGGAACGAGGCAAUUUCUUGAGAAAGGCACUACAAGAAUCUCCAGGCCCAAGCAUGGGACUCUGGCAGAUGGUGCCUGGCGCCAACGUGUCGCGUGCCCUCGCUCGCGUGCCGGGCGUCGACUGGGUGGUAGUCGAUUGCGAGCAUGGGAAUAUCGAUGGUGAGCACUAUUCCAUGUCUGUCCCUGCUGUUGCUGCAGCUGGUGCGUCUCCUAUAGUGAGAAUACCUGGUAUGGAAUCAUGGAUGAUUAAGCGAGCUUUGGACUCAGGCGCGCAUGGAAUUCUCGUACCUUUGCUUCGGACUGCGCAGGAGGCCAGAGAGAUCGUCAAAGCGGCCAAGUUCCCACCACAAGGCACGCGUGGAUUUGGCUCUCCUUACGCAAUGGAGCGCUUCAGUCCCAUGCCGACGAUGACCGAAUAUCUCCAACAGGCAAACAGCAGUCUUCUUACUAUAGUCCAGAUUGAAACCCAAGAGGCCCUUGAUAACUUGGACGAAAUCGCCGGGGUCGACGGUAUCGAUGUACUAUUUGUAGGGCCAUUCGACCUGGGCAACAACAUCGGCCAUCCUAUCAUUCAAGGCGUCGUCAAACCGGAACUGAGAGAGGCGAUUGGGCGCGUGCUCGAGGUAAGCCACAAGUUUGGCAAGAAGUGUGGAAUCUACAGUACAUCUGGCAAGCAAGCAAGGCAAUAUGCCGAGGCUGGGUUCGACAUGAUCCACGUGGCAACCGAUUUUACGUCGUUGCAGUUUAUCAUGACGCAGGAGGUCAAUAUUGCUAAAGGAAUAGAGGGUACUGAGAAAGGUGGUAGUUAUUAA